UUGUAAAAGCUCCUAACAAGUGCAUAGUUUCAGAGUCUCUCUAGUGUCUGUAGACACCACAUCGUUCAUCCUAGGGUUCGUCAUCUGUUUUUGACAGUGCAAAACUAUGGGAGAUAAAUUGCGUCUUGCCAUUGGAGUGAUGGGAAAUGCCGCUUCAUUGUUAUUAUAUGCAGCUCCCAUAUUGACUUUUGCAAGGGUCAUAAGAAGGAAGAGUACUGAGGAGUUUUCUUGCAUUCCAUACAUCCUGGCGUUGUCGAACUGCCUCCUUUACACUUGGUACGGGCUUCCCAUCGUGAGCUACCGAUGGGAAAACUUUCCGGUCGUCACAAUCAAUGGUGUCGGGAUUCUUCUCGAGUGCUCUUUCAUUGCCAUAUACUUUUGGUUCGCUUCCACGAAAAAGAAGAUAAAGGUGGCUGCGAUGGCGCUGGGAGUGCUCACAAUUUUCACUAUCAUUGCCAUCAUAUCAACUUUUAUAAUUCAUGAUCACCAUCACCGUAAAGUAUUUGUAGGAAGUAUAGGACUCGUGGCCUCAGUCGCGAUGUAUGGAUCUCCAUUGGUAGCUGUUAAACAAGUGAUACUGACAAAGAGCGUGGAAUUCAUGCCGUUCUACUUGUCAUUGUUCUCAUUCCUCGCUAGUUCCCUUUGGAUGGCCUACGGACUACUGGGCUGCGAUCUCUUCCUCGCGUCACCUAAUCUGGUGGGGAGUCCUUUGGGCGUGCUGCAACUGAUACUCUACUGCAAGUAUAGGAAAAGAGGAGUCGUGGAAGAACCAAGCAAGUGGGAUUUGGAAAACAAUGGCGAUCACGACAGGUCCAAACAGUUGCAGUUAGUGGUUAAUGACCAUGUUGCCGAUCCUAAAUGUUGAUCUUGGUCCCUCUUGUAAUCGUAUCAUCUGCUGAUUAAUGAAGUUCCCAUGCGGCUCA